CAUAUUAAUAAUUGUUAUAUUUUUCUACGGUUAUUGACUUUUUAAAAUGGAAUAGCACUAAAUAUUUCUUAAGUAAUUAAAACAUUUGCACUCGUCUUUCAUCAUUCACUGCAAUCAUACCGGAAACUUCAUUUUUUGUAUACCAGCGUUAGUGAAAGUUGUCUCGUUUGUGCACAAAUGAAUUUAGUGAUUCUUCCUAGCUGCAAAACACGCGUUUUUUGAAGGUUAAAUGUUGCGAGUAUAAUAAUUGGAGAAAAUGGUAUCAACUCAUUUCUUCAACAGAAUUGGUCAACUAGGCCUAGGACUGGCACUCGCUGGAGGUGUUGUCAAUUCAGCACUUUACAAUGUUGAUGGUGGGCACAGAGCUGUUAUUUUUGAUAGGUUUGUGGGAGUAAAAAAUACAGUUACUGGAGAGGGUACGCAUUUUUUCAUUCCAUGGAUUCAAAAGCCCAUUAUAUUUGAUGUCCGAUCCAGACCAAGAAAUGUACCAGUUGUAACUGGAAGUAAAGACUUACAGAAUGUUAACAUUACAUUACGUAUAUUGUUUAGACCUGUACCCGAAUCAUUACCAAAAAUUUAUACUAUUCUUGGAGUUGAUUAUGAUGAAAGAGUAUUGCCUUCCAUCACAACUGAAGUUUUAAAAGCUGUAGUUGCGCAAUUUGAUGCUGGUGAAUUAAUUACUCAGCGAGAACUUGUAUCUCAAAAAGUCAGCGAAGACUUGGUUGAGAGAGCUUCUCAGUUUGGUGUUAUUCUAGAUGACAUUUCUAUUACUCAUCUAACAUUUGGAAAAGAGUUCACCCAAGCUGUUGAAUUGAAACAAGUUGCACAACAAGAGGCAGAAAAAGCAAGAUUUUUAGUAGAAAAAGCUGAGCAGCAGAAAAAAGCAGCUGUUAUCAGUGCUGAGGGAGAUGCACAAGCUGCCACUUUAUUGGCAAAAUCUCUUGGUGAAUCUGGCGAUGGUCUGGUUGAAUUAAGAAGAAUUGAAGCAGCAGAAGACAUUGCCUUCCAAUUGGGAAGAUCACGCCAAGUUGUCUAUCUGCCUUCUGGUCAAAAUACUUUGCUCAGUUUGCCACAGUAAAGAAGAAAUUGUGUAAACAAUAGUGUAAAAACAUGAGCAUUUUGUAAUUUAAUUAAGAUAUUUUAUUCAUGGUUAUUGACUUUCAGUACGACACAGAGAAAUAGUCUAGAGUUUCAAUAAACAUAAUUCUACAGUA